AUGCAAGUGGCAUCUUCUUCUUCCGCUGUCCCAGCCAUUCCUUCCGUAUACGAGACCGUGCAAGGCUACAAGGUCCCCGUCUUCUUUUCGUGCUACCCCGCCGGAAUCAGCAUUGCCGCUCGCAAAGUCGAAGAUGCCCUUAGAAAAAUCGACGAGGAAGCAUCCGAGGAAGGUACACGGGAAAGACGUCGAGCAGUAAUCCGACACACCAACCCCUACGGUAACCCCUUUACUAUUUGCCACUGCUCGGCCUUUCCAGAUAGAUUAGUUCUGUUGUCUACGCUGGUCGAAGUAAUGUGGAUCCAUGAUGACGUGACAGAGGAGAUGGAUCAUAUCUCAGCAUGCCGAGAACACGACGAGCUGGCAAAAGUUCUUCAAAUCGACAUUGACCCAUCGAUCUUCGAGGCUGGAAAUGUGCGCCAAAAGGCGCUGGCGGUCGUGCUCCGAAAGGCAAUCGACAUCGACCCUAAGCAAGCCCCCGAUAUGAUCGAGAUGCUCAGAAAAUACCUGGCAACAUUCGACAACAUCGGUGGCGACUUCACGCGAAUGGAGGAGUAUAUGCCCUACCGGAUCUCCAACUGCGGCUACUGGAUGUCCUCUUACUUCAUCCGCUGGGGAAUGGAUAUGACCCUCAGUGAGGAGGACUACGCCAGCAUCGAGCAAUUCGACAUUGCAAUGGGGAAUGUCCUCGGUCUGACUAAUGACUACUUCAGUUGGAAUAUCGAGAAAGACCAGGAGACAGAUCGGGUGAGAAAUGGAGUGGUGGUUCUGAUGAAGGAAUAUCAUACCACGGCGGAUGCGGCAAAGAUGAUGCUUCUUGGUGUUAUUGUCGAACAGGAGUCCCUGGCUGCAAAGCUCAAGGAGGAAAGAUUGAAGAAGCCGGCUUCAAAGGAGAUCUUGCAAUAUUUCGAGGCUAUUGAACUUUAUGUUGGUGGAAGCUGCUAUUGGCAUUCGACUGCGCCUCGGUAUCAGGUCUUUGAAUGA